UGAGUUUUAGAUAGUCAUAUCGAGAAGAAGAAAAAUUAUAUCCAAAAUGAAACUUUUUUUUGUUCUCGCUGCGGCUGUGGUGAUAGUUCUUGCCCAGGAAGAUACCUAUACCAGCAAGUACGACAACAUUGACAUCGAUGAGAUCCUGAAGACACCCCGUCUGUUUAGUGGUUAUUUCAAAUGCCUAAUGGAUAUGGGCCCCUGCACGCCGGAGGGAAACGAACUCAAGAAGCACCUGCCGGAUGCUUUGACCACCGCCUGUGCCAAGUGUACGGAAAAGCAACGUGAGCUUGCCGUGAAAGUGUUGAAUUACCUCAUAGAAAACAAGCCCGAAGAAUGGGCCAGCCUGCGAGCAAAGUUCGAUCCGGAAAAUAAGCUGAUUGAUAAGUUCCGCGAGCAGGCUCAAUCUGCCGGAAUCAAGCUAUAAUUUAGUGAGAAUUUGGCCGAACCUGGAAACAAGCUAAAGGAUGAUUUGUAGUAUACUGUAUAAUUAAAUAAAAAUGAGGAGCAAUAUUUACUUUA